CCAAAUUCGAGAGUGCAUACUCGUCCACGCUGCCGCAAUAGAUGGUCGCUGUCCUCUACAUCUGGAAUCGCCCGCUUCUCGCCUCACAGCGCCCCAUUUCCUCUCUUCUGUAACCUAACUCUACUCUCUCCUUUCUCAAAGGGUGAGGGAGUGAAGUUUCCGGACAGUUGAUUGAAUGAAAGAUUGAAGCUUUAGAAAACCUUGCUGGCAAGGUCAUCACAACUUCAACGGAGUAUGUUGUUUCAAGCAGGCGAUCCAAACCAGAAAUAAUGUCAGUUCAUAUUUCGUUUUUUGGAUUCCCAUCAGGGGUAAUCGGAAAGACUUCAAUAUCAUUUUCUCCAAACAAUAGAAGGCACGAACUCUUUCUAGGUGCUGAUGAUGUAUCAUUGAGCACAUCUAUUUCUCGUUAUCCUACAGUUGUGUCCAUGUGUAAGGCUAGUUCAAACAAAAGAAACCCUGAUUUUUCUAGAAAGUAUAGAGGAUCUUCAAAAGGUAAGAGGCAAAGCCAAGAAAAAGAAAACGCUGAGAACCUGGAGGAUAAUCUUCUUUCUUCUAAAAAUGGGUCUCUGGUUUCCCUUUCCAAUAACCAAAGGUUUUCUGCUACUGCCACUCCUGGGAGAAGGGAGAAGGAAAUUGUUGAGCUAUUUAGAAAGGUUCAGUCACAACUAAGAGAGCGAGCAGCUAUUAAGGAAGAGAAGAGGGUUGAAUCCGCACAGCUUGGUCAGGGAGAGAGGGGAACCGUAGAUUCUCUUCUGAAAUUAUUGAGGAAACACUCGGCAGCUCAAGGGAAGAAGAGCAGCAGUGAUGAUGGCUAUGAUCUUGAUCAGCCUGAGAGGACCAAUCCAUUUGAUGAACCAGAGAGAAGUGACUUAUUUGAAGAGGAACAAAAUUCUAGCUUCUUUGGAUCUGAUAAUCUAGGUACUACCCAGGAUGUGGUUCAUGAGCAGAAACCCUUUCCUUCAAGUAGGCCCAUUUCAAGCUUUAAACGCAAAUCUCCUGUACCGAAGGUGAAGUUUCAGCCUGUGUUCUCGGCUGAGGAAGAAGGUGGCAGUUCCAGUCCCGCCUUGAAGUCAGUAGGGAUGACAGGUGUUGCCUCUGAAACCAAGUUGGACCCUCAACCUCGGCAUCUAUUUGAGCUUGAAGAUGAGUCUUCAAUGAAGCUUGGAUCUUUAGAUGCCAAGAGUGAAGUGAGCUUAGGUAGAUCCGACUCUGCCGAUUUGGAUGAAACGGAUCCGGGGGUUUCAGAACCGUCCAUGGUACAGGGCUUUGAUUUGAGCUCCAUGAAACUCUCUGAAUUGAGGGGCCUUGCAAAAUCUAGAGGCAUCAAGGGUUAUACCAAGCUGAAGAAAAUGGAGCUCUUGGAAUUGUUGAGGUUGAACAAUGCUUGAACUUAUUGCAAUGCAUUCAUUAUAUGGAUCUUUCAUGCUAAUUUUUUUUUUUAAUGUUUAUUUAUUGUGUUAUCGACCUAUGUUGUUAUGAAGCUCCAUGUUCUGUAAUUGCCAGUUGACAUUUGCCAUUCGCCAUUAAAAAAGAAAAACAACCCAACAGAAAUCAAUUUGGCUUAACCUA